AUGGAUGUCUUGGUGGGCCCCGCCUUCUCCAUCGGGGACGGCCCCGGCCGUCUCUUCGUGAAGCAGAACGUGGAGGCGCGGCCGAGGUCCGAGGAGGCUUCCUCAGACAGCUCGUCCUCGAUCGGGGCUCCCGACGACAGCGAAGAAGACGAUUCCAAAGGAGAUGAUGGCGACGGCGACGGCGAGGAGGUGCAGAGCAAGUUUAACGGCGGUGGAGGCGGAGGAGGGUUGGGUUCUCUGGGGUCCUUUGGUUCGUUAGAAGAGUCUCUUCCAAUCAAGAGGGGAUUAUCCAAUUACUUCUCAGGAAAAUCAAAGUCAUUUGCAAGUCUGUCAGAAGUGAGCUCUGUGAGCUCAGUGAAGGAGGUGGAGAAGAGAGACAACCCAUUCAACAAGAGGAGGAGGGUUUUGAUUGCCUCCAAAUGGUCAAGAAAGUCUUCAUCUUUCUACAACUGGCCCAACCCAAAGUCCAUGCCUUUGCUAGCCCUAGCUGAACAUGAAGAAGAUGAAGAAGAUGAUGAACAGCAGCAGGAACAAGAAGAACAGCAAGACCCAUCAUCAGACCAAUCUUCAUCUGAUGACAAGGAACAGCAAGACAGAAGAGCCCCAAAGAAUUUGCUUGACAGAAGGCUCAAGAGUUUCAAGUCAAGAAGUUGCUAUUGCCUUUCAGAUCUGCAAGACCAUUAA